GGGCGGGGCGUCGGGGGCGGGGGCCGCACGGCCGGUAGAGCGGCGUCCGCGGCUGCAGCAGGUCGGCUCGCGGCAGGCUCAGGCCGGGCGCCGGCAACCUCGCGGGGUGGGCAAGCAGGGCACCCCCUGCCUGGCAGCCUGCGCCCGGGGGAGGUCGCCUGCGCGCGGCGGGGCCAGCAGCAUGAGCAGCGGCUACAGCAGCCUGGAGGAGGACGCCGAGGACUUUUUCUUCACCGCCAGGACCUCCUUCUUCAGGAGAGCGCCACAGGGCAAGCCCCGCUCCGGCCCUCAAGAUGUGGAGAAAGAGAAGGAAACCCACAAUUACCUCAGCAAAGAGGAAAUCAAAGAGAAAGUUCAUAAAUAUAAUUUAGCAGUCACAGACAAACUGAAGAUGACCUUGAAUUCCAAUGGGGUUUACACUGGCUUCAUCAAAGUGCAGAUGGAACUCUGCGCACCUCCCCAGACUUCGCUGAAGCCUGGAAAACUCACUCCUGGAUGCAAUGACUGCAUGAACACACUUCACAUCAGCAGCACAAACACUGUCGGCGAAGUGAUUGAGGCCCUGCUCAAAAAGUUUCUCGUGACUGAGAGCCCCUCCAAGUUUGCACUUUAUAAGCGCUGUCACAGGGAGGACCAAGUCUAUGCCUGCAAGCUCUCAGAACGGGAACACCCCCUCUACCUGCGUCUGGUGGCAGGACCUAGAACAGACUCGCUUAGUUUUGUUCUUCGUGAACAUGAAAUUGGAGAGUGGGAAGCUUUCAGCCUUCCAGAACUACAGAAUUUCUUGCGCAUCUUGGACAAGGAGGAGGAUGAGCAGCUGCAGACCCUGAGGAGGCGCUAUGCAGCCUACAGACGCGAGCUGGAGGGGGCCCUGAGCCGGGCCUGGACACCCGGCUAGCCGGGCCCUGCCCGGGCUCUGCAGACCGAGGACAGUGCAGAUGGUUCUGCCCAUGCUCCGGCCUCCCCUUUUGUCUCUAGGCCUAGUUUUCCACACUGGCCACAGCACCCAGCACCUUCAGCCUCCCGCACGCAGUGCCUGCCAGUCCACUGCGUCACCGUACAUGGAGUCUGCCAGUGGGCUCUGUCACUGCCUGCAGAGCCUCCCAGCCUGAUGCGUCACCGUACACGGGGCCUGCCAGCCCUCUCCGCCACCACACGCUGUGUUGCCUUGGCUGCUGUGCACCUGCUGUCUCUGGAGCAUCGUAGCGGGCUUGGGAGCAUGAACUCUGGAGUUUUUUGGUCUGUUUUUUGUCCUUAAUUUUUUUUUAGUUAUUUUAAUUAUGUGAUGAUAAUGGUAAGCUUAAGGAUGUGCAAAUGAUUUUUUAAAAGCUUAACUAGGAACCUCUCUGAAUACUUGCCCUAUUUUGAAACUACCUGUUUUUUUUUUUAAUGUCAGAGGAAUCUAUCCAUGUGGAUCGAAAGGCACAAGAAGCUAGGAACUCUAAGGAAUCUGUGAAGGAUUUUGUAGCAUUUGGACAAAGAAAGUAAAAGCAAGUUUGAAAGAAGGCAGGUGUAGCGUGGGGAGCUCAAGGCCGGGAAGGCGGCCUGGCUCGUAAGUGGAAGGUGGAGGAGAAAGGGGUAGUUGCUUGUGAGUGAAUUAAAAGCGUUCAGUGGUGAGAUGCUAAACUCAUUUUAGGGAUGUUUCAUUUCCUGGUGGGUAAACUGUGGGAACAGAGCCAAAGAGCACAAGCUAAACCAAAAGGAAGGACCCAUGGACUCUGCAGCCGACCAGAGAACCAAGCAGGUAGAACCUCGAAACGUGGGGGUGGGGCCCCGCGGCUGCCUCUGCCCUCUGGGUGGAAGAAGCUUCUCGGCACAGGCAGGGCUGGGACCUUGUGCUGAGUUGCAUUCAGCGUUUACGCAGUUGCCCCCAGAAGUUGGUUUCAAAGUUGAAAAGCAGCUGGGGAGGGGCAGCUGUUUUCACAUGGACUGUGAGCUGGGGGGUUUGUGAAGUAAAAGGCUCACAGCUCCCUUCUGGACAGUCGUCCCUCCCUUCCAUUUCUGUUUUCUUGUCGUCUCCCUCCCACCCCUGAUCCCCGUCCCUUCCCUCCUCUCUUCCUUCUUGCUUUCUCUCCUCCUCACUUCUCUUUCUCCCUUCCUCUUAUACUUAGAGGCUGCUCUUCCCUCACCUAGAACAGGGAUGUUGGGUCAAGACCCAGUCCAGCCAGGCCUUCAGCUCUGGAGGACGGCUGUGUGUGGGAGGAGAGUCCACACCUGGCUGACCACACCUCAGGGGCUCACUGUGGAAAUACUUUAACAAAGUACAUGUUCCUGCCAUCCAAAGAGGUGCAUGUGUGGUGACAGAAGCCUUCCUUGAAACAGGCUAAACAGCCCCAUUUUGUGCAGCCAUUUAUCCGAGACCAGAGGGAAAGGGCUGCUGUGGUUCCAAAGGAGCUGUACAUUCUGUUUGUAGUCUGGGUGUUUUUGUUUAUAAAUUCCCAAGGAAUUGUUGACACUUUGGUGACACUUAACGGAUUCUUUUUGAAAUUCCAAGGUGCUUCCGUUCUUCACCUCUGAAGAGAACUGUGCCUUUUAUUGGCUUUCUGUCCCUCUCGGUGGCUCGCCCCAUCUCGUGGGAGGCAGAUUCAAGUGUGGGCCUUGCUGUGCCACAGUCUGCCGAGACAAUCGUAUCUUCCUCAGCUUUUAGGAAGAGCUGGGGGGUGGGGUGGGGGCAGAUAGUAGAGCUAGCUUAUAAAAUAUGUAUGGCACGUCUCAUUUAACUGUGCAUGGGACCUCUUAGUGCAUUGAUGGGGUUUUAGUGACACUGUCACCCAGCACCUGGCCCUCAUUGUUCAGGGAGUGCCUUCGUGGUUUUAUACUGGUUUUACUAUUCAGAUUAUGGCUUGCGUUUGAGUAUACUGCUGUCAACCACCUGGUCUUUUAAUUACUUACUCCAGCAAACUUAUGUUUUGUGAAGCAUUUGCUUCUCAGAUUAAGACACUGUUAGAACCUAAAGUAGUAGCUGAUGGGGAUCUGUGAAUUUUUUUUUUUUUUUUUUUUUUUUACUUGAAGUAGAUUGUCUAAAACAGGCAUUCUCAUCUGUAAUUUACCCAGAACCUCACUCAUGGUCACGUGCACUGCAGGUUACAGUUUGUAUAUGAAUCUCUCAGUUUGUGGUUCGUGAAGACUGAUAUUCUUUCCCAAACACUGGUUACUGCAGCAGCAUUUUUAAUGUGUAAAAGAAAAAAAAAGCCACUAAGGCCAAACAUUUUUAAAAAAUCCUUGUACAACUCCUUACAUUAAACUGUCUAAGCUUUGCUGCACCACGGUUCUCUCUGCAGUGUGGCUGGGACAGGGUGUGCUAACCAGAGGGCUGGUGUUGCAGAAGAGCAUUUUAAAUCGCAGGAGUAAGGAACUUAUAAUAUUUAUAAUUUUGAUGAGUUUAUUUUUAUAGGGAAGAUUUUUCUCCCCUAAAUUGUUUCUGGAAUGGCAAAAUUAUUCCCAUUAUUAAAAAUUAAAGUUA